AUGUCGAGGAACGAGCGCUCUAAGCCAUUGAAGCCUCUGAUCGGUCUCACUCUGUGUCACUGGGACACUCUGUGUCACGUGGACACCACCACAUGGGAUACUGGGGCAUGUGACACCACCACGUGUAACAUUCGGGCGUGUGACACCACCACAUGCGACACUGGGGCAUGUGACACCACCACGUGUAACAUUCGGGCGUGUGACACCUCCACAUGCGACACUGGGACGUGUGACACCACCACAUGCGACACUGGGACGUGUGACACCACCACAUGCGACACUGGGACGUGUGACACCACCAAGUGUGACACUGGGGCGUGUGACACCACCACAUGUGACACUGGGGCGUGUGACACCACCACAUGCGACACUGGGACGUGUGACACCACCAAGUGUGACACUGGGGCGUGUGACACCACCACAUGUGACACUGGGGCGUGUGACACCACCACAUGUGCCACUGGAACGUGUGACACCACCACAUGUGACACUGGGGCGUGUGACACCACCACAUGGGAUACUGGGGCGUGUGACACCACCACGUGUGACACUGGGGCGUGUGACACCACCACGUGUAACAUUCGGGUGUGUGACACCACCACAUGCGACACUGGGGUGUGUGACACCACCACGUGUGACACCACCAAGUGUGACACUGGGGCGUGUGACACCACCACAUGUGACACUGGGGCGUGUGACACCACCACAUGUGCCACUGGAACGUGUGACACCACCACAUGUGACACUGGGGCGUGUGACACCACCACAUGUGACACUGGGGCGUGUGACACCACCACAUGUGACACUGGGACGUGUGACACCACCACAUGUGACACUGGGGCGUGUGACACCACCACAUGUGACACUGGGACGUGUGACUAUUCGUUUAGUUGUGUAUGUGUAUUCGUUCAAUUGCUGUGA